AUGCUCUUCAUCCGCUUUAUUCUGCUGGCCCUGAUUCUCCUUUUCUUUGUCAUCGCCUUCAUCGGCACGACGCCGUUGCCCCUGUACUCGAACAAGAUUACGAACUACAACCAGAAUGGUAAGGUGGAGGUGUCGCUGUGGUUCAUUAAGGUGGGCACGGUGAGCGUGACGGGAGAGAACGUGACAGAGGUGCCGACAUCUUAUCCGGUCCGCAUUAACUACGCCGGCUGCGAGGAGUUCCGCUCUGUCUUCCGCUCCAUGCAAGCUUUCGCGAUUGGUGGCACUGUCUUCGGCUUCUACGCCGUGCUUGUGUCCUGCUUGCAGUGCUUCUGCCGCCUGAAGGUCAAACUGCCGCUGUUUAUGUUUCUCUUUCUCGCCAUGCUCUGCGAGCUGUGCGUCAUCGUGAUUGCCGGUGUCGCGUAUGGCAAGGAGUUCUGCCCGAGCCUGGCCACGGACGGCAACCUCACAACCAUUAUCUUCAAGGGCGCGGGCUACAAGUUCGACAGUGCCUUCUCUCUUCAUGUAGUUGCGCUGGUGGGGUAUACGAUUUGCCUCAUCAUCACCCCCUUCACCCAGCAACUCUGGUGCGGUAAAGCCUAA